CUUCCGCACCAUGGCCAGAGCCGCCCGCGGAUCCGGAGCCGCACCCUGUGCCUGGCGUGCGGUGGGCCGCUCGUCCCGUUGAACCUCCCCGAGGCCGAGCGGCGCGGGCGCCGGGCCAUGUACUCGGGGAACCGCAGCGGCGGCCAGGAGUACUGGGAGGACGGCGGAGCCGCCGGCUCGGAGGGUCCAGCGCCGGCGGGGACCCUGAGCCCCGCGCCCCUCUUCAGCGCGGGCGCCUACGAACGCCUGGCGCUGCUGCUGGGCUCGGCCGGGCUGCUGGGCGUCGGCAACAACCUGCUGGUGCUGGUCCUGUACUACAAGUUUCCGCGGCUGCGCUGUCCCACCCACCUCCUGCUGGUCCACCUCAGCCUGGGCGACCUGCUGGGGGCCGCGUGCGGCGUCGCCUUCACCUUCGUGUCCUGCCUGCGGAGCGGCUGGGUGUGGGACGCCGCGGGCUGCGUGUGGGACGGGUUUAGCCGCAGCCUCUUCGGGAUUGUUUCCAUAACCACCCUCACUGUGCUGGCCUAUGAACGUUAUAUCCGUGUGGUCCAUGCCAGGGUGAUCAAUUUCACCUGGGCCUGGAGAGCUAUCACCUACAUCUGGCUCUACUCACUAGCCUGGGCAGGAGCACCACUCCUGGGCUGGAACAGGUACAUCUUGGAUAUCCAUGGACUAGGCUGCACCGUGGACUGGAAAGCCAAGGAUGCCAACGAUUCCUCCUUUGUGCUCUUCCUGUUUAUUGGCUGCCUGGUGGUGCCAGUGGGAAUCAUAGCCCAUUGCUAUGGCCACAUUCUGUAUUCCAUACGAAUGCUUCGUUGUGUUGAAGAUCUUCAGACAAUUCAAAUAAUCAAGAUUUUACAAUAUGAAAAGAAAUUGGCCAAAAUGUGCUUUUUGAUGGCCCUCACUUUCCUCAUGUGCUGGAUGCCUUAUAUCGUGACCUGCUUCUUGGUGGUUAAUAGUCAUGGUCACUUGGUCACUCCAACAAUAUCUAUUGUUUCUCACCUUUUGGCUAAAUCAAGCACGAUAUACAACCCAGUUAUUUAUAUCUUCAUGAUCAGAAAGUUUCGAAGAUCCCUCUUGCAGCUCCUAUGUUUCCGGUUGCUGAGAUGCCAGCGGCCGGCCAAAGACCUACCAGCGGCCGGAAGUGAGAUGCAGAUUAGACCCAUUGUGAUGUCACAGAAAGAUGGGGACAGGCCAAAGAAGAAAGUGACUUUUAACUCUUCUUCCAUCAUUUUUAUCAUCACCAGUGAUGAAUCUCUGUCAGUUGAUGACAGUGUCAGAAGCAGUGGGUCCAAAGCUGAUGUAAUCCAAGUUCGUCCUUUGUAGAAAUGAAAGAUGGAGCCUUGGAUUGGACACUGUGUUUGGAUUUCCAUUAUAAGGAUUGUUCUAGAAUCCCCAUUCGAUAUAAUAUGAACAGAACUUUUAUGGCCCAGCAGGAUAUGGGGACUGCCAUAUGUUCUGUGGACUCAUGAAGUGAUAGUGAGGCAAAUUGUUUUAAUUCAAUAGGUGCUUUACAUGAAGAACCACUUAUGGUACCAUCAUCUUCUAAUGUGGUGGAAUUUCCAUUUAAAAAUAUUUUUAAGUGACUCUAUUUGCCAAAGCACAUCAUUUUCCUCAAAGUUAUUUCACUCUAAAAAUAGUGUCUCAUAAACACAUGUGAAAUAACAGAUGUCUGUGUUUUCUGUGAUGUUGGAUUUUAUUCAGUGUCAUAUUGUGUGUCUGACCAAAUUUAGUUUCUUACGGAACUAAUUCUGGAAUGAAAAUCCCUAUCUUUAAAACAAAAGGCUGUUGUUACAAACACAUAGUUUAAACACAUGAUAAAAAGGAAAUUCACAUGAAUAGGCUGCUGAGCAAGCUCCAGAAGAUGCAAGUAAGAAGCAUCAGAACCAACAGAAUAGGAUGACUUCAGGGUAGCUGUGGUAUAUGGUUAAUUCUGUAGUAGACAACACCCAUGAGAAAGGUAAUGAUGAUGGUAGUUGGUUACAUUUCAAAUGUGAGUGUGACAGGUGUUUAUUUUUCCUUUUAAUAAUUUUUCACAUUUUUGACGAGUUCUGGAUUUAGAAAAGGAGUGCUCAGUAAACAAACAUAUCUGAAGAUGAAAAGUGUUCAAGUGUAUUCAUAAGAAGUGUUAUUUAUUCUUCAUUUCUUAUCAGUCAGUCCACAGGAAGGGCAAGGUAACCACCAGGGACAACUCUGGGCACCUUCCAGCAGAGAGAUGAUGCCAAAGGAAUCAAUGUAACAAACUCCCUACUUAUUUGCCUUCCUGCAAGUUGUUGUCCUCAAAUUCUCAAUGUCCUUUUCCUUUUUCUGGUCACUUCUCUAGUUAUUUUCCUUUGUUAAAGAUGCUGCAUACACCAGGGAGUGUUAAACUUGCUCUUUGAGCUUUACUUAUUCUGUGGGUGUUUCCCACAUACACAUGGAAUGUGUACAUGUUCAUACACUUCUAUUUGUUUUUUUCUCUUAUCCAUCUGUGUUUCAUUAUGGAAUGAACCUAAGGUAGAACAAGGCAAAAGUUAUUUCUCCUCCCCUAGACAUGAAAUAUUAGGACUCAAGAAUGCCUUUGACAAUACAGAAAACACUGAGUCAUUAAUUUUAUUGCCUAGUUUUUAUUUCUUACAUAACUCUCCUAGUGUUAUCUCAUUCUAAUUAAUCAUAUUUGAAGGACUUAUAAGUGAUUCAUCAGCCUAUCGAGGAAGUAAGAACCAAAAAAAAUUAUUUCACCAAAUUCCCUUGUGAAAAUCAAUCUUAUGGCCAAUUCUGCCACCACAUGUAGUUCAAGAAUAAGCUAGUAAUAAGCACUAAAUUGCUUCUGGGGGUCUGAAAUGAAAUAAAAUAUGACUUCAUAUUUCUGUAAAACUUAUCUCUCUGUUUCCUUUCUGCUCUCGUGUAUGUAGAUAUUUGCUUUGUAAAUAAAAUCCUUUCUUAUCCU